CCAGAACACAAAACCUCUAGAAGGUUGCUGUUGAGAGAAUUGUCAUGGCCGGCUGAGCUUGCACGUCUUUGACCUUCUGGGAGACGGGUUUCCUCGAACUUAAGCUAUCACCAUGGACAGUCUUGAUGGGCUUCCCAUCCCCCGCGAUGCUGCAGACGAUCGCAGUCUUGGUGCUCUAGACGGCAACCGCUCUUCCAGAGCAUCUCAGGAUGGCAGCAGUUCACCAGACUCUCCGACUGACUUCAAUUUUCCCUAUGCAGACACCUCCUUUACCAGUGGCUCCAGCAGCAAGCUGCCCACAAGCCAGCCCGAAUCAGCCCUGCAAAGCCUUCUCGACUUGGAAGACGAUCGGAAGUCUCCCCGCGCAGCCUCACCGUUUCCCCCGCUACCUUACAGUGCCCCAUCGGUCCCCGCAGUUCCUAUGAGCGAGGAAGGCGACGAAGCUGAAGAUGAAGAGCCGCAGGUUGCAACCUCCUUCGAGCGGGACUCGACCCCUACCUCAGCGCAAAAGCAACGAUCUGCGUUCUUCGACGCGGGCGGCGAAGAAGGGAUUCACCGCAUGCAUAAGUUCUCGCUGUAUGAGACCGCCACCCGCUUCUACAUGGUCGGCAUGGAUCUGUCAGAUACGCGAUUCCGGAUCUUGAAGAUUGAUCGGACCUCCGAGUCGGGUGAGCUGAACAUAGCUGAGGACGACAUUGUCUACAGCAAGCGGGAGAUGAGCCAGUUGUUGGAUACCAUCGACGACGGCAACAAGAGCUCAGGUGGGCUCAAGCUCAAGUGCAGUGCCUGGGCUCUGCUGGGAUUCAUUCGCUUCACGGACGCCUACUACAUGCUUCUGGUGACGAAAAGAAGCCAGGUUGCCAUGCUCGGCGGUCAUUAUGUCUACCAGAUUGACGGAACGGAGUUGAUCUCGUUGACCACGUCCAGCUCGUCCCGCCUGCGACCGGAGAAGAACCCGGAGGAGGCACGGUACAUUGCGAUCUUGAACAACCUGGACUUAACUCGAUCGUUCUACUUCAGUUACUCCUACGACAUUACCCACACCCUUCAGCGCAACAUCUGUCGUGAACGCAAAGCUCACCAUGAGGGGCAGCCCAAAACACUCCAGCAGGACUACAACCCCAUGUUCAUCUGGAAUCAUCAUCUGUUGACCCCGGCCCACACUAAGUUGCGUAAUCCUUGGGAGUGGUGUCUUCCGAUCAUUCACGGUUACGUGGAACAGGCGAAGCUGUCUAUCUACGGAAGGAUUGUGUACAUAACAAUUAUUGCACGUCGUUCCCGGUUCUUUGCUGGAGCGCGGUUCCUGAAGAGAGGAGCAAACGACCUGGGAUAUGUGGCCAAUGAUGUCGAGACUGAACAGAUUGUUUCCGACAUGUCAGCUACAUCGUUCCAUGCGCCAGGUCCGCUGCUCUACGCUAACCCGCUUUAUACCUCAUACGUGCAGCAUCGCGGCAGUAUUCCGCUAUAUUGGACUCAGGAGAACUCCGGUGUUUCGCCUAAGCCCGACAUCGAGCUGAACCUUGUUGACCCGUUCUACUCUGCUGCUGCUCUGCAUUUUGACAACCUGUUCGAGCGGUACGGUGCGCCGGUGUAUGCGUUGAACUUAAUCAAAGCCAGAGAGCGGACGCCGCGCGAGUCAAAGCUCCUCAAGGAAUACACUAAUGCAAUUCAAUAUCUUAAUCAAUUCCUGCCUGAGGACAAAAAGAUCAUCUACCAGCCUUGGGAUAUGAGUCGAGCUGCGAAAAGUCGCGACCAGGAUGUUAUUGGGACCCUCGAAGAUAUCGCGGGCGACAUCAUUCCAAAGACUGGUUUCUUCCAGAACGGUGUCGAUGCGGAGUCCGGGCUUCAGUUGCAGAAUGGCAUAGCGAGGACAAACUGUAUUGACUGUCUCGAUCGUACUAAUGCAGCUCAGUUCGUGAUUGGAAAACGCGCUCUUGGCUAUCAGCUUCACGCUCUGGGAAUCAUCGACGGCACCACAGUGGAAUAUGACUCGGAUGCUGUCAAUCUCUUCACUGAUAUGUGGCAUGAUCACGGUGACACGAUUGCCAUACAAUAUGGAGGCUCUCAUCUGGUUAACACCAUGGCCACGUACCGCAAGAUCAAUCAGUGGAGCAGCCACUCGCGUGACAUGGUUGAGAGCUUUAAGCGGUACUACAAUAACUCCUUCCUUGAUGCCCAACGUCAGGAAGCAUACAACCUCUUCCUUGGAAACUACAUCUUCUCUCAGGGACAGCCAAUGUUGUGGGAUUUGUCCACUGAUUACUACUUGCAUCAUGCCGAUCCCAGAUCAUGGUCGAACAAGAAACGCCCUCACUACAUCAAUUGGUACAAUCCAGACAACCUGAAGAAGUUCGAAUUGCCGCCUCGUCCCAAGCUGCUCAAGGAACCGCUGUCACAUUACGAUGAUUACUGGCUUGAAUAUUAUCGGCCUCUGGCAGUAUCGUCCUUUUCGAAGGUGUUCUCGUACAAGAUGAACUCGACCCUCCGGUACCUACCAUUUCGUCCUGCCGGCGCUCCCUACGAUAUAAGUCCAUUCGUGGCCCGUCAGCAACACGAACAAGUGAAUCGCGAACGUCAGGCCCCCCGCACUGUCAAGAUCCAGGAACCUGACAAGACUGCCAUCGGCCGGUCCAACUCCACAACCUCCCAUUCCAACCGGCGCUGGCUGAGCCAACCACUCUCCGCCGACAAACAGCUUCCAGCCGCAGGGAUCAUGAAACAAUCCACGUACACAUCCUUUGGGGCCACUACCCAGACCACCACUUCCCUCCAAUCCCAAUCCUCCCUGGAACCCGGCACCACACCCAGCAAAGCGCAAAUCGCCCAGUGGACCCUGGGCCAGCUCGUGCACGACUCCCUCAACCCCACCGUCACCGCCGCGGAAGCCGAAGAGUACGAGCGCUACAUCAACCAUCCCCUGAAAGUGCCCCUCGUUGUCACCUCAGAGAACGAACUGACCGCUACCUCGAUCCGCGAGAACGAAGCCAACCUCGAUUACAUCGAGUACGCCAACAAAUGCAACGUCGAGGAAGCUACAUUGGAAGCCAACGCGAUGGAAAACCUGGCUGAUUAUGUUGAAUACCUGAACGUCCCUGAAACCGGGCUGACGGUCGUCGCGGAGGAUUACGACAAGAAGCGGUACAAGCGCUACCGGCAGUGGCUGCGUGGCAAGAGUCUGUUCAAGCAACGCGUUGAUAUUUAAAUGUAGACGCUUUCGGUAAAAUAGUUGCAUGUUCUGAACAAACUUUUUUUUCUGAUUGAUUUUAUGUCGUUGAUUUUCGUUCACAUUCCUGUCCAAGCUUAUGUUCUACGAAAUGCCGCCCUUUUGUCAUGACAUGAUACCCCCCCGUUUUGUCGCGAGCGUUGUCUAUUCAUUGUUGACUACUUUUCUGUUUGCCAUAUCUUGUGCAUUUGUCAUUGAUUUGAGCUUUGAGUUUACACAGCUGCGGCUGUCAUAUUACGAUGCGAUGGUCGGCGCGGACGACCAGCCUGAAAUUGACGCUUUUACUUCGGUAGCUCCCAUGUUGUAUCUCUUGUGUUGACG